GGACACUAAGCCAUUUUCCUGGCAGGUGAUAUCCAAACAAAUUUAGGACAUGCUGUCACUACUAAGAACGAAAACAAUAUCAAUGGCCUCAUCCCCUUUAGUAUCACCAUCAUCUUCGAAUUCUCUCUCUAAACUCAUCAUGGAUUCAUCCACCGACUCCUUCAAAGUUUCCCCAAGACUCAUAGCCUUGGCCCAACAGCUCCGUCUCUACAAACCUCCGCCAGCGGUGGAUGAAACUGACAUUGAAGAACAGAAAAUCGAAGAGAGUGCAGGGAAGGUUGUUUCUCAGGUGGGUUUUGUAGAGUCUGCAACCCCAGUGGCUAAUCAGCCGGAAAAGUUCAGACCCAAGAGAGCUGCUGUUCUGAUCUGUCUCUUUGAAGGCAAUGAUGGCGAUUUUCGAGUCAUUCUCACCAAGAGGUCUUCAAAGCUCUCCACUCACUCAGGUGAAGUUGCAUUGCCCGGAGGAAAAGCAGAGGAGGCAGAUGCAGAUGAUGCUGAGACAGCAACAAGGGAAGCGAAGGAAGAGAUAGGCUUGGAUCCAUCAAUUGUGAAUGUUGUAACUACCCUUGAACCAUUCUUGUCCAAGCACCUCCUCAGAGUAAUUCCUGUUAUUGGCAUCCUUUCUGAUAGGAAAGCCUUCAAGCCUGCUCCUAAUGCUGCUGAAGUGGAAGCAGUAUUUGACGCUCCCUUGGAAAUGUUUCUCAAGGAUGAAAACCGGAGCUCAGAAGAGAGAGAUUGGAUGGGUGACAAGUAUCUGAUACAUUUCUUUGACUAUGAAACAAAUGAUAAGAAGUAUGUGAUAUGGGGCCUAACUGCUGGGAUUCUGAUUAGGGCAGCAUCUGUCGUGUACAAAAGGUCACCGGCCUUCCUAGAGCAGAAUCCAAAAUUUAAGGUGCCUAGAGUUGUGGACAAGGAUGUUCUAAUGAGUUGAAUUAAAUUAAAAUUUAGUUGUUUGUAACACAUAUUAUUAUCCUCUGUGCAAUGAGAUCCAGCUCAACAUGCACAUAUUCUACUUACAUUUUUUUUUAUCUGAUGUACUUUUAUAACUAUGAGACCAAUAGGUGCAUGAGUUUUCUGCUUUUAGGUUUAAUCUUAUGUGGACCACUUAAAAUUAAACCCAGGUUUCAAAACAAUUUGACAUGUUGGAGACUAUUGGCUACAAGUUUGGUGUAAUAUCUUCGUGGGGUGUAUUGUUAAUGCAAACGGGGGCAACAUCUUCCUUCUGAGCUUUCCCCAGCUCAGUCAUCUCCAUCGAGUUUGAACAUAUCUCUUGACUACUUCAUGCUCUUGCAGGACCUCCUUUGAAACGGACCGAGCACAUUUUCUGAUAUUUUCUGCAGUUCAGAAUACCGCAAUGGGGUUAUGAACGAAAGGGUAUCUGUACUACCAUUUUGGAGCUAGUUUGUGCUUUGCAUGUGUGAGUAAAUUCUAACUCUUCUGGAAAAUAGUUAAGCUAUGAAGUUUCAGCUUGAAUGAAGAUUAUAAAAGCCUGAGCUGCUCUUUACAAGAUGAAUGGAAUUUUUCUCAUAUUUAUCCCUAAAUGGUUUUGUAUUAGCCUGUACAUAAAAGUUGUCUUGCUAUAUAUCUGCUUGUGUAUUU